AUGGGUUUUCUUUAUGAUGGAAUUCAUACAAAACACAGUCUUUAUGAGACUAAGAUGAAGUUAUUAUCUAUAUUCACUGCAUUAUUCUCUCUUUUAGCACUAGUCAUUGCUGAAGAAAAAUUACAAAUUGGAAUCACCAAAAAAAUCCCAACAGAUGAAUGUUUACGUAAAGUUCAAAAAGGUGAUACAGUUCAAGUUCAUUAUUCAGGAUUCUUAAAAGAAGAUAAUUCAAAAUUUGAUAGUUCCCUUGAUCGUGGUCAACCAUUAGAAGUUAAAGCUGGUGUUGGUCAAUUGAUUUCAGGUUUUGAUACUGGUUUAUUAAAUAUGUGUAUUGGUGAAAAGAGAAAAUUAACAAUUCCUUCACAUUUAGGGUAUGGUAAAAGAGGUGCUGGUAGAUCUAUUCCACCUGAUGCUGAUUUGAUUUUCACUAUUGAAUUGGUUGGUAUUAAAGGUUAUACACCACCAGUUAGAGAUGAGUUAUGA